AUAUGCAUUUCUCUUUUUAAAGACACGCACCCACUACAUGCUCCAUGUGAGUCACGCAGAGUAGAUUUCAUUAUUGUGUUAUGUCAAGUAGAUGGUUUGAUCAGGGGAUAAAAAACUUAUGACUAGACAAUGCCACGUCAUGAAGGCAACUGCAUGAGAACCUUUUUAGCAUUACCACUGGCAAAUGUGGCCAUUGUAGGUAGUGCAGAACAGUGCUGAUCCAAGCCAAGCAUAAGAGCAGUGGCUCCUAGCAAGCCAGUCGAGACCUCAUAUAAAACGGCUUGUACUAAGAGCCCAUGAGGCCUAUAAAAGCAGACAAAGACACAGAUACUGUAUCUGGCACUAACUCAGCAAACAGUCCUCCACCCGCUCUCUCUUCUUCACACUCACACACAUACAGCACACGGCACAUAUCAUCACAGGUGGUUAGAGCCAGGCUCAGCUAGCAUGCACACUGUCUUUACUUUUUUUAAAACAAAAAUGUUGUCACUGCAAGGCUUGUAAAUGGAGAAUCAUUAAGAUGCUCUUGAAGGAGAAAAGCAAGAGCAGGCCGCAUGCCAAUGCAGAACUUUGUGUUCCAUUUGUCAUGUGCACUAAAUGCCCCCUCUGAGCAGCACACUCAACACGCCGUGUUUGUGAAUCUUAUUUCCGGUUGCCUAUUUCUUCAUACUGGUGUCAGAAAAGGUAGUUACUGUGAUGUCCACACGGGGGCUCCUUCCUCUUUCUUCUCCCUCAGGGAGGAAGAGAAGCUUGUUAUCUGCACUGACUGUCGAGAAAUGUCUUUCUUUUUCUAAGAUUGGGUCUUUUGGCAUUUCAGCUUUGUUUUGCUUGUGAGAGACAGGGAAGGCAGGGGAAGUAGAGAGAGAGGGGGGGUGACUUGCAGCAGAGGGGGCUGGGCCCUAAUCGAACCCGGGUCGCAUGUGGUACGCUCUACCCGGCGAGCUACCAGGGCACCCCAUAGAAAUGUAUUUCUACUGCAGAAAGGCAGAGAGACGCUUUUCAGCCACAACUCUCCUGUCCUUGUUUGCUCCUUUUCAGAUGUAACAAAGUGUGCCAUUCGUUAGUGUGCAGCCCUACACUACAUUUAAAUAUAUGUGGACAUAGAUUAUUUAAGAUUAAUUAAGACUUCCCACCAGAAUCUCUCAAAUUGUCAUUAGUUCGGGACAACAAACGUGUGAUCUGUGAAGUGAAAUGACUAAGGCAGAGGUGAAGCUGUGAAAGGGAACAUGAUAUACUGUAAUUACAUACAUAUCACACACAUGCAUGUUUAUAUGAGCGGUGCAGUAGGACAGGAGAUGAAUUAGACUAUCCUAAUCCAGCCUCUGUCCCUGUUCCUAUUCCCUGCUGACCGUGUAAAUGUACACCUGGUGGGCCGUAUCCCCCACUUGUCUAGCGCAGGGACGGACCAGCCUGUGCCCACAGUACGUUCGGAGACACAACUCAUUAGUUCUGUGUCAUCUCUUCGCUGUUGCGACCUCCUAUUUACUUCUCGAUACGCUCAGAACCAGCAAACAUGGAGGAGCUCCAGGGGAAAAACAUCCCGUCUGUUUUAAUUGCCUGAUAUUUGGCUCCGAAUGGAUGUUUUGAUGGAUAUAUCAUGCACACCUGCCCAUUAACCGGCGGUGAGUGUACAUACGUUCAGUACUUUCACACUGUAAUGAGGCUGCUCCGCAGCUAUGACACAUACUCUGCAGCCUCCAAAAUAGAUAUUUACUCCGUCCCUGUCUUGGUAAAAUGGUGUACCUGUGCUGUCCUUGUUAUCCUCAUCCGUUGUGUUUCCAUACUCUGAAUAUGCAGCGCACAGUAGCGCAACAAAGAGCCGAGCGUCAUCUGCAACUGCAUACUGUAAUCAAAGCUACACCUCUGUAAACCUUUAACAGUGAUGCAGGAUAACAGUUUUUUGUGUCUCAGUGCUACUGAAGUACAGUAUCCAUCUUCUCCUCAAAUGGCUGGCUGCUUUACGGUGGUUUUAAUGGAGGAUCAGACUGACUAUAGAUCAGACUAUAGAUCAGACCGCUCCAAGCAUUCAGUCAUCCAGUCACUUUCUGCUCCAGUCCGGGCCCUUGCCACUGUACAUUAAUAGAUUGCACGGCUGGAGAGGUGGAGAUGGUACCGGAGAGCGUUUCUCGCUUUGGCACCGCCGACAUACGCAGUGACACAACAGGAAACUGUCUGUCUGGAAACUCGCAGGAUAAUGCUGAUGAUGGAUAGCAGCGAGUCCGUAAAUAGAACUCCCACUGCAUAAGCACCAAAACCCACUUUCAUUAAUCUUAAAGAAUGUUUAAAUUAACUCUUGGAUCUGUUCUGCUAAAGAAAGGAGGGGGGGGAGCUGACAGUCUAUUUAUAAGGAGAAAUAACUUGGGAAGGCCUCUAAUUUAUCUUGGUCUCGGAGGUGUCAUUCGAAUGAACACAGAUUCUCCGGGUCAGCUGCAGUGUUGGGUGAGGCUGAUGAAACAACAGUGAUUACACUGGGAUCGGAACAUGCUCACUGCUGGAGUUUCUUCCGAUUCUGCAUUUUUUAGACUCAUUCGGCCGGGCAGCAGAGCCGCUCAGUCUGCCAGAAAUGUUAGAGGAGGAGGAAGAGGAGGAGGAAGAACACACUGGCCCUUUAACAGUCCGGCUUUGCACAGUUCAGUUCAUCAUUGCGUAGUCUAAGCUAGUCUCUUUGAGACUAACGGGCCCCAUCAGCCUGACGAGCCUUACAGUAUGGGAAUUUCACCAAAUAAUUCACGUUGACACGGAGGUCAUGAGUCAUCAUUCCUACAACAUUACAUAAAAUGUUUACUGACAAUUUAUGAUCUGAUGAUGCUGCCACACCCAAAACUAUGCAAUGGAGUCCAGCGUAUAAGCAACAGGAGCGGUUAGACACAGACUCUAAAGCACGUCAACACCUGAAAGCUCCGUUAUAAUUGACCUUUGUGUGUAAAACUGCAAGUGUAGUAAAGCUAACAGUUGAACUAGAGGAAUUAAAUCUAAUGGAUGCUUACUGCGGACGAUUGGGGUAAUAACCUUAAUGUUCAACUUAAUUUAGUUUUACCAUUAAAUACAUGGUUUACUUGAUUUUAUUAGUCUGUGAACUCAUUUUAAAACCUCUAACUGACCUUUAACAACAUAACAACAUCAACAAGCGCUUGGGCAACAAGUCUGCGGCGACCCUGCAGCAAUGUAGCUGGCCUCGCGACGUGUCAUGUAGGCUACUUUGUGAUUUGUAGUGUCUUUACUUGAACAUCUGCUCCACCAGGGGCUAAUUUUGAAUUUUGGUAGCGAUGCAAUAAACCUGGGAAGGAGGAAUUGAUUCUAAAGUCUUAUACAAGAGGCUGGAUUCUAGUAACUGAUGAUGUUUUAACAGAGGGAUGUCAUGUAGUCGGCUUACAUCCUCUUAAUUAAGUCUGCAUUAAUGUACUGACUAACUAACUAAUUGCUGAAUAGUCUAUUUCUCAUGAGAUAUUGAACACAGACACAUGAAUCAUCUUCCUGCUCAGGAAACGCUCCUUUCUUUAUACUUGCAUGUAGCACAACUCAUUUAACUCAUAAUGGCUCCACGUCGGAUGCACUUUUGAUUGUCCUGCAAAUAUUUUUAAUCAAAUGCUUUACAUCAGCAUCUUUAAGGAACCUCUUGAACCUCCCUGCAUUUUUUUCAACUAAUUUUGACUCUUUCAAGUUACAUUCAGACCUGAAUGAAACACAAAUUUAUAAUAAGUGGGCAAACCCCUCGGGAAAACCCCCCUUUUAUGCGUGCCCUUUCCUCUCAGGCAGACACUGGACCUUUCAGAGGUAUUGCACUGUCAUCUGCUAUUACUGACGAGGAGCUGAUGAUGCUCUGAAGCCAGAUAUGGAAUGUAAGAGAGAAAAGAACUGACGACAGCAUCGCGUCUCUCCCCUGUAUUAUACCGUGGUGUAUAUAUCUGCUGCUGUGCGCGUACCAAAGAGUGCAUGAGAGAGGAUGGAGAGAUGUGGCAAAGAGUGCGCAAAAAUUGCGUUGUGUGCGUGCGUGUGUGUGCGCGUCUGUUAGCGCGAGUGUGUGCUUUUCAUAGGCGAAGGGAAAUAUGAGUUGAAUGUGAGGCAGCUGCUGAUGCGCCGGUAAGGGAUGCUGCUGCCGCUGCUGGCUGCCGCGUAGGGAUGCUUCUCCGCUUCUUCUCUCCUCCGGGCGCUCCUUCGCCUCUCCCUGCACACCGAGAAGAGAUUUUCGCCUCAGCGAGAAGGAGAAAAGGCUCGUUACCGGCACCGGCGCUACCUUCUUUCUCCCGCUCCAAGUCGGAAGCAUUAUGACCGACGGAUCCCGCGCGGAAUGCGUCUCAUCUGAGGACACUUUUUACCAGGAGCGGCCGGAGAAACAUGGAACUUGCUCGGCGUCUUUUCUGCGUCUAAUGCGCCCCCUGGAGAUACGAAUAACAGAAUACUGAGGAGGUCUAUGUGUGGAGGGGGGCGUCCGGAGAGAGCGCAGGCUUCGGGAUGUGCUGUCGGUGAAAGGGGUGAUCAUUUACAGAGGAUAAAAGAAAACGGAGGGGGAAAAUGCAGUUUGAGACAUUGCGUCAGUUCUGUAGCUCGGUUUUAUCACAUUUCAACGGGGCUUUCUCGGCGCCUCAGAACAUCUUGCAGACGGAGCUCUUCGAGCAGGCGCUGAGCAACAUUGGGAAACGAAGUCCAUCUGCAUCCAGGGAUCCAAACCAAAAAUACGACCAAAGGGAGGGGGGCGACCACUCACAGUAUGCCCCGACGGACGGCGGCAUGCCCAGAUCACCGUCUGACUAUGGGGAUGGGGACCAUCGGCGGGCUCCGCGGGGCCCACACAUGUACGCAGACGCGGAUGCGGCACGGACCGGCUACCGGGACCGGCGGGGCCCCGGGCGCUGGCACUCCCAGGAAUACCCGCUGGACCAGGAGCUAGAUGGACCACCCAGCGAGUACGACCUGCAGCGUCAGCGCCAGGAGGAGUUCCAGACGCGCUAUCGCAGCGACCCCAACCUGGCACGCUACCCUGUGAAGCCGCAGCCCUACGAGGAGCAGAUGAGGAUGCACGCCGAGGUGGGCCGCCUGAGGCACGAGCGCCGUCAUAGCGACGUCUCACUGGCCUACACGGAGCAGGAUGACCCAGGCCCCAUCCGGCUGUCCCGACAGCAUCUCACCGAGCGCCGGCCGCCUAUGGUGGGACAGCGCUCCUACUCCGUCGACCGCUCCUCACCAGGGCCCAUGGGUCCCGGCCUUGGAGGCCACAGGACCUCCAACCACAGCCCCCCGACGCCGCACCGGAGCCCCGUGCUGGGUGACCGAUCCGGGGACCUGCGGAGAGGCGACCUGGGUGAUCCCAUGAGGAGGCAGCAACACCACUUAGACCCCAGUUCGGCCGUCCGCAAGACCAAGAGGGAGAAGAUGGAGAGCAUGUUGAGGAAUGACUCUCUCAGCUCGGACCAGUCGGAGUCGGUGCGCCCGCCACCCCCCAAGCCCCACAAAACCAAAAAGGGAGGAAAGAUGCGGCAGGUGUCGCUGAGCAGCUCGGAGGAGGAGCUGGCCACCACACCAGAGUACACCAGCUGUGAGGACGUGGAGAUAGAGAGUGAGUCAGUCAGUGAGAAAGGGGACAGUCAAAGGGGAAAAAGAAAAACUAUUGAGCAGACAUUUAUGUCCGAGCCGACACACACCUUAUCUGAGAGGCAAAAGAAAAUGGUGCGCUUUGGGGGACACUCAUUUGAAGAGGACUUGGCAUGGUGUGAACCGCAGGUUAAAGACUCGGGAGUUGAUACGUGCAGUAGCACUACCCUAAACGAGGAGCAUAGCCAUAGUGAGAAGCACCCGGUGACGUGGCAGCCGUCCAAAGAUGGGGAUCGCCUAAUAGGCCGUAUUUUACUCAACAAGCGCAUGAAGGACGGAAGCGUGCCUCGAGACUCAGGAGCUCUGCUCGGUCUGAAGGUGGUGGGAGGCAAGAUGACAGAAUCUGGUAGACUUUGUGCUUUUAUCACUAAAGUGAGGAAAGGAAGUCUAGCAGACACUGUUGGACACCUCAGACCAGGUGACCAGGUGCUGGAGUGGAAUGGGAAGCUAUUACAAGGAGCCACAUUUAAAGAAGUUUACAAUAUCAUUCUAGAAUCUAAGCCUGAGCCGCAGGUGGAGCUGGUGGUCUCGCGGCCUAUAGGAGAUAUUCCAAGGAUACCAGACAGCACACAUGCACAACUGGAAUCAAGUUCGAGUUCUUUUGAGUCUCAGAAGAUGGAUCGCCCGUCCAUCUCCGUCACGUCCCCCAUGAGUCCCAGCAUGCUGAGGGACGCCCCCCAGUACCUGUCAGGACAGCUCUCAGUCAAACUGUGGUAUGACAAAGUGGGCCAUCAGCUAAUUGUCACCAUCCUGGGCGCCAAAGACCUGCCAGCCAGGGAAGACGGCCGGCCCAGGAACCCUUACGUCAAAAUCUACUUCCUCCCUGAUAGAAGCGACAAAAGCAAGAGGAGAACAAAAACGGUAAAGAAAUCCUUAGAGCCCAAAUGGAACCAGACCUUUAUGUAUUCGCCGGUGCACCGGCGGGAGUUUCGGGAGCGCAUGCUGGAGAUCACAUUGUGGGACCAAGCCAGGGUGAGGGAGGAGGAGAGCGAAUUCCUGGGAGAGAUCCUUAUUGAGCUUGAGACGGCUCUUCUGGACGACGAGCCGCACUGGUACAAGUUACAAACCCACGACGUGUCCUCCAUCCCACUCCCACGUGCCUCCCCGAACACACAGCGCAGGCAGCUCCAUGGAGAGAGUCCAACGCGGCGGCUCCAGAGAUCCCAGAGGAUAAGUGACAGCGAGAUCUCAGACUAUGAUUGUGAAGAUGGUGUUGGGGUAAUAACAGACUACCGGCCGAAUGGCAGAGACUUCCAGAGCUCCACGCUGUCCGUCCCUGAGCAGGUGAUGUCGUCUAACCACUGCUCUCGGUCGGCUGACAUUAACCGAGCGCGGUCGCGCUCUCCCAGCGUCCCCCCACCCUCCAGCAGAAGUCUGGACCCAGCCUUUGACCUUAGGCCUUCUCAGUACAGCUCUUCCACUAGAGUGGACCACCACAGUGUGUCCGAAGAUAACUACUCACCUGACAGGAACCACGGAGCCAUGGAUAGACACGAGUAUCACAGCAGGUCCCGCUCUGCAGACCAGCGGCCCACUAUAGAGCGCCCCACGUCCCGCUCGCGCUCCACUGAACGCCCCCACGACUCUUCGCUCAUGAGGUCCAUGCCGUCUCUGCCAUCUGGGAGGUCCGCCCCCCCCUCACCUGCCUUGACGAGGGCGCAUCCUCGUAGUGGAUCGGUCCAGACCAGUCCCACCAGUACCCCCAUGUCCAAUAGACGAGGACGGCAACUCCCACAGCUUCCACCCACGGGGAAAGAGAGAAAAGCGGGAGGUAAGAAGUUGCGCAGCACGAUCCAGAGGAGUACGGAGACGGGCCUGGCGGUGGAGAUGAGGAGCAGGAUGACUCGGCAGGCCAGCCGGGAGUCCACGGACGGCAGCAUGAACAGCUACAGCUCCGAGGGAAAUCUCAUCUUCCCCGGCGUCAGGCUCUCCUCAGACGCCCAGUUCAGUGACUUCCUGGAUGGUCUCGGCCCCGCUCAGCUGGUGGGACGACAGACGUUGGCUACUCCCCCUAUGGGAGACAUCCAGAUCGGUAUGGUGGAUAAGAAAGGAGCACUGGAGGUGGAGAUCAUCAGAGCCCGUGGCCUUGUGGGAAAACCAGGUUCCAAGGCACUGCCAGCACCAUAUGUAAAGGUCUACCUUUUGGAAAACGGAGUCUGCAUAGCCAAAAAGAAAACAAAAGUAGCAAGAAAAACCUUGGAUCCUCUUUACCAGCAGCAACUGCCGUUUGAGGAGAGUCCAGGAGGAAAGGUUUUACAGGUCAUCGUUUGGGGCGACUAUGGACGCAUGGACCAUAAAUCAUUCAUGGGAGCAGUUCAGAUACUGUUAGAUGAGCUGGACCUGUCCAACAUGGUGAUUGGCUGGUUUAAGCUCUUUCCUCCUUCCUCACUGGUGGACCCUACUCUGGCCCCACUGACAAGAAGAGCUUCCCAAUCGUCACUGGACAGCUUCUCUCGAUCAUAGCAGCGUGUGGACUGAUAGCGUUGUUGUAGCAGCCAGUGUUGCGACUACAGGUCACGCCCCCCGGUUACACUGCAUGCUUGAUGUUGUGUCUUCUGAGCCUGUUUCUAGGGGUGCAAAACGUGAUCUGUGUGUUUUGAGCAAAAACGUUGCGCACAUUGUGCACGUGGGGCGAAAGCGUGUCGCAAAGCGCCUGGCGGCCGGGAUUGCCGGGUGUUGUUGUUGUUUGGAGGAAGCUGGAAUGAACUCCUUAGCACGAGGAAUCCGUCAGUUCCAGGUUUUCAUCCAAUUCGAAGCCAUGGGGGUCAGUACUGGGAACCGCUAAACGAGUUCUACAGAAGCCCUUUUCGAAUGAAAAAUAAAUGUUUUUCUUUUCUUUCCUUUCUUUUCUGUUCUUUUGUUUCUUUUUUUAGAGUCAAUGUUCUUGUAUCUGAAAGGGGUGACAGUGUUUCAAACCAGAUGCUCGGUCACGCCACGCCAACAGACCUAGCUGUGUAGAUGGAGUUUUGGAGACCAUCACUUUGGGUGAGGUGUGUCCCAGCUUGUAUCCACACUCCCCCCACACCCCAAAAGAAAUGCCCUGCAUACUCUCGGUUCAUGUACUGAACACAACCGUAUACUGGUAGAUCACCAGAAAGACUUCAAAGUUAAUCAGAGGCAAUAUUGAAGUGGCUACCAUCAACACUCCAGAAUAUGCAGUAACAAUCCAAACCCCAUUAAAAGAUGUAAAACCCACCAUCAUUCUUUCUCUGUUGAUAUAUUGUAUGAAAAUUAAAUGAGAAAAAAAUAUUUUUUUCCCUUUUAGUUCAUUUGCAUGGACACAAAUUUAGCUGAAUUUAAAAAAAAAAAAAAGAAAGAAAAUUAUUUUCUUGAGGCUGCAACUUGCAUAAAAGAUGAAAAAUAAAACAGAUCAGCCAUUUUUCAACAAUUUAUAUUAUUUUUAAAGAUAAAUCUCACUAGUGCAUGGUUUUCAAGGGGAGUGAAUGCAACAUCGUGAUUAAAAAAAAGAAGACAUUGUUAAUCAUUCUUUGGACCAUUCAUGAGUCUGUGUUUAGCAGACGUAAGGGAAACUUAAAGGAAACUUUUGGAGCUAUUUAACAGAAAAAAUGUUUAUGUGACAAAAAGUGAUAAUGAAAAUAAAUGUAAGUUAUUUAUUUCAUUGUAAAAGGCUUAUGCCUUAUAAAGAUAAACAUUAUGUGCAAAUUGUACAUCUUUCUCUUUUUCUUCCUUGUCCCAGGGUACUUCUCAUUGUACUAUUCAUUGCUACCAUCGUUCGGUCCCCUGAUAUUGUCCAGAUUUUAGGACUGUUGGUUCUUUUACAGUUCUGUAUUGUUUCAGUCUGUAUUUUAUUUUUGGAUUUGAUUUGUUUAACAAGCAUGUUGAAAAAGGAUUUUCUGCAACAUGGCUUGGGCACACCUUACAGUAACUCAGCAUGUUUUGAUAAAGAUGAUAUUUGGAAUUUUUGCAGUUUCUUGUACAGUGCAUGUCAACUUCAAUACUUUUCUCCCUCACCUUAAAUUGAACUCUACGACAAAUUAGUUCUCGGUCUUCAGCGGCCAAUUAUUGAAGUUUCAACAAAAACAUUCCACCCCCCCCCCCCCCCAAAGGUCAUGUUUUCUUUCAGGUUUUUGAGAAAAAAAAGUGACAAGGAAAAUAUUUUAUAUUUAAAUGGAGGUUGACGAAAAACAGUUGUGAUUGCAAGUGUAUUUUAUUUCAGUAUUGUUGACGAACAUGCAAAAAUAAUCUGUAUUGGUACAGCAAGAGGUCGACACCUAAUCAAGAGGCAGCAGACAUGCAGGAGACGUGUGCUGCUGCGGUUGAAUUUUACAGCCACUGUUUGUGAAGAUGAGCUCAUCACAAGUUCAAAUAACAAGGGAUAUUGCCACAGAAAAUGUUUUUUCUUAUUUUAAUGAAAAUGAAAUUAAUUUUACUAUAUUUUUGUUAGUUUUAUUUAAAAGCCAACACCAGUUUAUUUUUUAUUUUCUAUUUUUAGUAAUUAUAAAAUACUUCUCAUGUCUGGGAAGUAUAUGAAUCUUAUAGUUGCAGUAUGUCUGAAUGAAAUUGACCCGAGGCAUUAUUCCUUUUCCAUACGACGAUGACGCGUUUUAAUGUCCAAGGAAACCUCGUCACAAGCUGUCACAAGCUACAGUAUAUAUUUUCAUUUUGAUUUCCAUUGUACAUACCUUCAGAUGUCACAAUCUGAAUCAACAAGCUACCAUGAAUAGAUCGACAGACUCGUUUGGAACAGGAAGAAUGCCUCACAUGAUGACAAACACAUAUGUUAUUUAUCCUUUUGAAUGCCUUUUCAUUUUCUCUUUUUGGUGCAAUGUGUUAAUGCCAAGGCUAUGUCUUGGUUAAGUAUGGUUGAGUACAGAGAUUUAUGUAAGUUAUUUUUCAAAUUAAAAAUAAAAAAAAUUGAUAUUACACUGAU